AAAAUUAUAGAACAUAAGGUAGUGGUGUAGAUACAAUUAUUGAAUUUUAUUAUUUUGCGAGUUGAUGAAAUCGAACUUACUGGCUUCGACGGAGUAAUAUUAACAAAGUAGUACAUACACGCAUACGGGUAUGAGUGGCCAUAUAUGGAAUAUUUCCGAGAAUAGACGAAAGACGUUAUACGCGAAAUAAAGAGUAUUUUGGAGAAGAGCUAAAAUGUCAACUAUGUUUUAGAUAGAAACUGAAAGACUUCUACUACUUAAGUAACGGCUAAACUUGACAGACUGUUUUGUUUGCUGUGAGGAAGUUUUAUUUAUUUUAACUACCAAGACGUGUGAUAUCGUUGUUAUUGCACAGGAAUGAAUUCAAAAUACACAACUCGUCAUGGACGAUCUACUGGAAAUAAGGUCAUCAUGGAAGAGAUGGAAUAUGUUACAUAUCGACGCAAGUUCGACAAUCAAGCCUAACUUUUCAUUUGCCUUGAUAUACGACUAACACAACACGAGAGGUAUUGUGACUUUACUGAAUGUGUUCGAAUGAAAGUUAAAGCUAGGUAUUCAAAGUUUCAUUCAUGAUGGCUGAGAGUCCGUAUGUUCCAAUUCUCGAAAUAAGAGACGAGUUCGUGACCUGUGAGAUUUGCAUGGAAUAUUUCAACGAUGGAGAGAAAUGUCCGCGCAUUCUCCCGUGUCACCACUCAUUUUGUUGUCAGUGUCUCAUUUCUCUCUGGGAAAACUCACCACAAGGAGUGACGUGUCCUAACUGUCAACACGUAUGGCCUGUUCGCAAUUCCAUCGAGGCAACAUUUCAACAGAACAAGGUACUAAGUAAUUUAGUUGAAUAUAUUGCGUUGAAAAAUAGAACAGGAGAUACAAUCUGUCAUGAAUGUCCAAAUGAUUCAAAAGCGUCAUUUCGCUGCUUCGAUUGCCAGCAGUAUAUGUGUGAAGGAUGUACAGCUUGUCACCGAAAAUUUACAACUACAAAGACCCAUAAGACGGUUCUCAUAACGGAAUUGAUUAACAUGUCUCAAGAUGAGUAUUUCCAGGAAAAUGAGAUGUGUCAAAAUCACGAAAAUGUUAAGUUAGAGAUUUUCUGCAAGGGUUGCUCAACACCCGUGUGUCCCAACUGUGCCCUUGUCUCCCAUAGGGAUCAUGAUAUAUGCAAUCUGAAAGAUAUUUAUAAUGAGAAAAAAACCUUAAUCAGAGCUGGUUUGAAGUGUUUACAGGUAUCAGAAGAAACACUCAAGACAGUUUCAGAAAGCUUAGCAGUAGGUAAUCAAACAGUAGCUGUGAGAGAACGUAAUAUGUUGAUUGACAUUGAUGAAAAGAGUAACAAAACCAUUGCCAAAGUUAUGGAAAUAACAAGACGGCUAAAGGAAGAUGUUAUUUCAAAGGCAGCCAAACAAAAAGCUCUUAGGACUGAGCAGAUAGAAUUGAUUGCACAAUCGCAAGGCGUCAAGGCAGAGCAUAUCCUGCAUUGUCAGCAGGCUUUGCAGUUUUCAUGUCAGGUAGAAUUAAUUAACAUGUCUCAUGUUCUUGAAAACGAAACGAAGAAUCUGAUGAAAACGCCAAAACUACCUAAACUGAAGAUGGGGACAAUUAACAUGGAUCUAACAGUUUUUGAACAGAUUGAUAAAACCAUACAGAAAACUGCAAUCCUUGAUGACAAGCCAGAAUUAAGUCCAUGUAUUGAAGUGAUGGACGCCACCAUAGAAGAAAAUUCAACGGUCGUAACAAUUGUGUUGCUUCCAAAGGAAAAUAUGCUCAAGGACAACAAAAUAGUGGUAGUAUCAGCCAUACAAUGUGAAGACGUCCACCAAAAUCUAGAACAAAGAGUGAAAACAUUUGCUGAUAUUGCUGAAAGUCUCCAAUACAGACAUGACAUUACGGCUCCUGACAAAACUUCCAUGAGUAUCAAUGGUCGGCAACUGUCUGGGGACAGAUUUGUACUUCACAAAAGAGAACAGGGAUUCCAGGUGAUUCCCAACUAUCACAUGAGAAACCAGACGCCGGGCACUGCUGGUCAGACCCAGAUGCGGGCCCCUAUGUAUGCUGCUUCCAUGGCCGGACAUGCGCAGCGAAUGGGCAUGCCUACAACGAUGCAAAAUCUACAUCUAAGUGCACAUAAACCUGGAAGACCUAGAAGACAUUACACGACGUUCGAAGAGCACAUGGGGGAAACACAAAUGAGACCCAGAACAGACUUCAGUGCAUGUCAACGUCCACAGCAGUCUGUGCUGAUUCCAGGCCAGGAGCCACUGGCUGCCUCUCCCCCACAGGAGCAGAAACAGAUGCUGGGAGAACGCUUGUUCCCACUCAUCCAGAGAAUGCAACCCGAUCUGGCCGGCAAAAUCACAGGAAUGUUGCUGGAGAUCGACAAUUCCGAACUGCUGCACAUGCUGAAAUCGAGCGUGUGGCUGAAAGCAAAGGUGGAGGAGGCAGUGGCUGUGUUGCAGGCCCACCAGGCGAAGGAAACCGUCGGACCACCGAAGAAAGAUUAAACUUCACCUUGCGUCGACGCUCCCUCAUCUCACAAUCUGCUUGAAUGGUCAGCUGAAACAUCAUCCCCAAGUUAUGAACGAAAAGCGAGAGUAGCUGUAUUCUCGCUAGGAGUACUUUUAUCAUUAACUGUCCACUACGGAUUUGACCAACUUAUACCCAUUGAGUGAUAAGGGAUUUGUUUGAAUACCAACAUAAUUAUAUAUUAUGUCAGAUCAUUUCAAUUAUACCAAUAGUCACAUUACAAUUGCAAAUUUGUUAAUUAUUUUAAACAAGAAAAACUAUAAAUGUCUGAAAAUGUUGUGGUUUAUCUCUUAGGGAUUUUUCUUUUCAAAUUACUGUAAAGACUUAGUGUUGUAGUCAUUUGGACUAGGAUGUUUUGCGCACAGACUGGUAUCUGUGUACGAGAUGACUGUGAUGGUGAGGAUCAGGUUAGAAACAAAUUCAAAUAUAGAUCGAGUAAUGGAACUGACAUCUGUUACACUCAUAACAGUUUGUGUUUAAAGUUUGUUUUCCAAGAGGGAAAUAUCUUUGUGCCAUUCCGUUAGCUGAGUUUAAACCCAGCACAAGUCUAAUCAUGACACUGGACUUCUUAUUGGACACGCACGAUUCCACGCUCCAUUUCACUGGUUCCAAAUGUCGAUACAUCACACUCACUGAUGUCUGUGUUCAGUCCUGCUGAUGUUACUAUACAUUUUGAUUCAGACCUAGUCCUCUCCCUUUGUACAGCUAUAAUGCAGCUUUUUACUCUAAACAGAUUUUUUUAAGUCAAAGUAAUAAUGUAUUAUUCCAACAUUGGAACACCCAAUGUAUUUUUGUGCUGGGAUGUCGUUAAACAUUCAUUCAUUCCAACAUUGGUAACAAGAAAAUCUAUUGUUGAUAUAUUGUGAACUCCAACUAGACUACAUCUCUGAACGAGUGUAGUAGAAUUGUGUUACAUUGUCGAUUAUGAUUUUUGUUGAUUGAUCAUCAAAGGGAAAUAACUCUUCUUUUGAUGUCAUUCAGUAUUACUAAUGACAUGCAUCUCCAUAUUUUGAAAUAGUUCAUUGAAAUACUUCUGCAAACCCAUCUGGCAUGAAUAGUCGUAGAAUAGUUUUACAAACUCAAUCCCAACCUCCUCUGGCUUAGUGGGUGAGCAGUAUGUGUUUUAAUCUAUCGUCAUUCUGUUAUAACAUAUAAUUAUUGGUAUUGGUGGUGGUUGUGGAUGGGUAAAUAUGCCAUUUUUGUGAGUAGUACAUCCAUGCUAGUAUUGUCACAAACUGGUGUAGCUUUAUAUAAUAAAAUUAUUGAUGGAGGGUUGGUGGGAGAGGAUACGAGGCAGGGUUAGUUUGUGAUAUCUAGAGUAAACCCAUGUGACUCUUUCUCUCUCUGAACAAACUGAUAAACUUAUUAAAACACUCAA